GCUGCUAGUCUCAUCCUCGCGCUCUCUCGCAGCCUCUUCAGUCCACCUCCAUCCCUGAAACAGCGCCUGACUGUCCGGAUAGCCGAGCACCCUUCUCCCUCUGCUCAGACCACACCGCCCGACGAAACAUGGAGGCCAUCAAGAAGAAAAUGCAGAUGCUGAAGCUGGAUAAGGAGAACGCGAUUGACCGCGCCGAGCAGGCUGAGGGGGACAAGAAGGGAGCGGAGGACAAAUGCAAGCAGCUGGAAGAAGAGUUGCUGGGUCUGCAGAAGAAGCUGAAAGGAGUGGAAGAUGAGCUGGACAAAUACUCUGAAUCCCUGAAGGAUGCCCAGGAAAAGCUCGAGCAGGCAGAAAAAAAGGCAACUGAUGCUGAGGCUGAAGUGGCGUCUCUAAACAGGCGUAUCCAGCUGGUGGAGGAGGAAUUGGACCGAGCUCAGGAGAGACUGGCCACUGCUCUGCAGAAGCUGGAGGAGGCUGAGAAAGCUGCAGAUGAGAGCGAGAGAGGAAUGAAGGUUAUAGAGAACAGAGCAACAAAAGAUGAAGAAAAAAUGGAGAUCCAGGAGAUGCAGCUGAAGGAAGCGAAACACAUCGCUGAGGAGGCAGACCGAAAAUAUGAAGAGGUUGCACGUAAACUGGUGAUCCUGGAGGGUGAUCUGGAGCGCUCAGAGGAGCGUGCUGAGGUGGCUGAGGCGCGAGUGAGGGAGCUGGAGGAGGAGCUCAGACUAAUGGAUCAGAAUUUGAAAUCCAUGAUGUGUGGCGAGGAAGAGUACUCACAGAAGGAGGACAAAUAUGAAGAGGAAAUUAAAGUUCUUACUGACAAGCUGAAGGAGGCAGAGACCCGUGCAGAGUUUGCAGAGAGGUCUGUGGCGAAGCUGGAGAAAACUAUUGAUGAUUUGGAAGAGAAACUGGCCCAAGCCAAAGAAGAAAAUCUGGAUAUGCACCAAGUGUUGGACCAAACUCUUCUGGAGCUCAACAAUCUAUAGAGACCUCGACAGAUCUGGAUGAAGCCUGAUAGAGCAUGAGAAGAAAUGGUUUAAUCCACCACCCAAAGCUUCCAGCCUGAAUCCUGAUAGAUGGUACCUCAGUGUAGUCAUAACAGAAAUAUGAGGCUUGAUACACAUCUAUUGAGCCCCUCAAAGGACAUGAGCAAGAAAAUUGCAUAUCAGUAUAAAUUAAAGCAUAUCUGUAUGCACUAUAUAGUUCAUCAGAAAUAAUCAUCAAUAUAAAACAGUACUAGACCAUCACUGACUGCAACAGCUAUCUCAAAGGCAAAUAUUUCAGCUUCAAAUUUUUUUCUUAUUUGGCCAAAAAUUAUGAUGUUUUUCUCUGUGGAUAUAUUCAUGAACACUGUAGAGCACAUGUGUGUAUUGUCAUCUUUAAAAGUAAUGAUAAGAGACUGAGACUCGUACAAAGUAGUUACUACUGCGCACAAAAAACUGUUCUCCUUCAACACCAGCAGCAAUUGUUAACAUCUCACUGACCUAUGUAGAAAUUUUGCUGACAUGAACCUUGUCUUGUGUGUAAGUUUUGAAACUCACAAAUGACGGGGACUGCUCAUAUUUUAGAUAAUGACAAACAGUAUAUUUUAAUUUUUAAUUCGGAGGACGUUUUUUGUUAUUGUUUUUUUUUAACUUGUGUAUUGUGUACAAGUUGUAUUAUGGUACAAACUAGUUGUGAGGCUGGUUUUCCAUAUUGAAGGAUGAAAUGAAUGCUGGAGCUUUAUUAUUGUCAUCUAACUUUAAAGGCUUUAUUCCUAAAAUAAUAAAUUGCUUAAUUCCA